AGGCAACGGUCAGUCUUAUUGCAGGGAUUCCGGCAGCUGGAAAAAGAUACAAUACAUUAACAAAGGCAUCUGUUAAGGUUGGAGCCUUAACUGUCAGAGCAUGGAAAUGUGGUGGUGCAGGUUAUACUUAAGUACGUUUAUUUAAUGUGUUUGCAUAGAUAAAUUAAUUAAUUUGAAAGGGUGACCUUAUCUGGAAGUCUGAUGCACUGCAUAGUUUACUGUCAGGAUAAAGACAUUGUUUUCUGAGUAAUGUACACCAGAACAGUCACUGAGUUUUCUAGAAAGCAUUCAGUUCUUUAAUCUAAAAUGAAUAGCGUGUAAAGCAUUUUCUGUGUGCUUUUUACAUCACUGUAUGAAACAUUUCUGAUUUAGGUUUUCUUUAUGAAUUUAGAAAAUUUUGUUCUGUUGUAUCUCUAAGUCUGUUGCUGUAUUACAUUAUAUACAUGAUUUCUAGUGUUAGAAUCUACCCACAGUAAUAAUUUUUAUUUAUAUUUCUGUUAAAGAUCAUGUAUUUUUAAUCCAGAGACUUUUGGUACAAAGACACAUAUUUCAUAUCAGUUAACUCGAGGCGUAAACAAUCUCGCUGAUGAGCUGACUGAUAAAGAAGGCAAUCAAAGCUGGUAAUUUAAAUAUCGCAAGCAAAGCAGGUACUAAUUAAACCCAGGGAAAAAUGUUAAAUUUUGGUUUCAUGAAAAUUCAGUUAAUGGAAGUGUCUUUGUCAUCAUUUUAUUGGUUACACUGUUUUGGAAGUGGAAGAAAACGUUUCAUUUUUGUGGAAAUCCUCAAUAUAUUGUCUUUUUUACAUGAAUUGUGUGAUUUUUUUUUUUUCUUGCAAACAUUUAAGCGCUUGCCUCUGAUGUUAUCUUUUCCCUGAAUAUCCAAAUUAUCUGGGUUGUGUUGUUGUUUUUUUUUUACUAUGUAGUAGAGAGGUUAAAUUACUGCUCUAAGUCUGUAACAAAUUCAGGCUUAAUAAAACGGUCAAUAAACUUGGGCAAAAUUGAAGCAAGAUUAUAUGCAUAUCAUUGUUUACUUCAGAAUUGUAAUCUUAAAUGUUUAAGAUUAAUGUAUUUCUCAGCAGAUGUAUUUGUCUGGUUCCUUUUACUUGAAGUAUAUUUGAAGAGGUUUAUCUUCACUGUAUAGAGCAGUACGUGGCAACCUUUGUGUCAUCAAGCACACACGCAGAGUUCACUGUGUUAUUGUUUAAUACUUGUAAUUUUGUUUUUAAAAUGUUUCGACUUUUUCAAAUAUAGCUUUUGUCUCAUUACACACUUAAGAUAAAAACCCCUCUGUGUCACUGUCAGUGUGUCACAUCACAUUGUUAUUAUCCCAGAUAAUAUCUGUCUUGCAAUUGACAACAAAUGUCAGACGGGUUAACAGCAGUCAUGAAGUGCCUAUAGUGUAUGUGCAGUGGAGUAUCGCUGUUUGUGUAAAUGAGUUCUUCCUAAAUUAAUUGCGAAAGAAAAUCUGGUUGGAUGUGGAAAAGACUUUUAGCUGUCAAAGUUAAACUGUAUCUUAUCUACCACCUAUUUCUUCUGCCAGAAUUUAGUCCCAAGCUUCAUCCUCUAACCUCUUAUUAAUUCCAUCCAGUCCCAUCAAAGGGCUUUUUUCAUUUUGCUUUGGUUUGCUGGUGGAUAUGGAAAGUACCAAAGUAAUUAUCACCCUCCUUUCAGUUCACACAUGUGACAAGAGUAGUAGGAAAGUUUUCUAAAGUGUCAGCUCAAGGAGGUGUUAAUGCAAAUGGGGUGUUAGGAAAGUUAAUACUGAAAUCGAAGCAGUUGAUAUUUGCAUCUGUCUGUUCAUAUGUUAUAGGUAUCUUGUUGACCAGUAACUAGAGUUUCACCCAGAAUAUAAGGUAAUGAAUUUUAAAUCCUGCAUAUUUUCUCUGUAGUUUAGACAUAGUUGGCUUAAAUCCCUAUCUUUCUAUGAGUUUUGUACCAGAGACAUUUUCUUCUGUUCCAAAUCAUACCCUGGUAUUCGUUUAGCAUAUUUCUCUGUAAGUACCCGGUUUUAGUCCUGUAUUUUUUCACCUCUUGUACAAGCAAAAUGAAUCGGUUUUGCUUCUCACCCAAACAUACUGUCUUAUGAGUACGUAACACUAACUUAAAUAGCAGUUAUUGACGAAUAGAUUAAUGCUGAUCUACUUUUCUCCACUAUUUAGCAAAUGCUGGGCAGUUUUGGAUAAUGCAGCAAGUCAAGCUAGAGUCUUCUCUCAAAAGGAGCUAGAGCAAUGGACGUGUAUCCAAAGAUUGUAUUGUUUCACUUUGCUUUUUAUGAAGUUAUGUUCUUUCAGAGAAAGUUUAUGUUUCAUAGAAAUCGGGAGAGGUUCUGAUUAACAGAGCAGAAUGAUUUUCAGAGAGCUGUGAAUGUCUUUCUCAUGCAGAUAUGAUCAAUAUUAGGUUUUUUCUUGAUUCGCCUAGACAUGAAUAUGUCAAUAGCUGGUGUAAGCUUGAGUUCACCCUUGGGUCCCAGCCUACCAGCCAUUUGUGCUGCUGCUGUUUGAGCUGCAGUGGCAUUCUUGCUAAAUGUAUCAAAGUCCCUGCUGAAUUUUAGGACCUGAAAUUAAAGCCUUUAUUACCUGCUUUCUUGCCUUCCUGCACCUAGGAGACUACUGGAAAACAUUGCUGUGGGCACCAUUUUCAGGAAAGCCACCAGCGGAAUUUCACAUUUCUUCCUUUGCCUUUUACCAGCUUUGCUUACCCUGCUGGCUGUGUUAAGCCCUUUAUGUAACCUCCUGCCUUGUGCCUGUGUUCACCUGGCAGAAUUAGUGAUCGCCGUACAAGCAAGACUUUCAGAUACUCUGCUUCAGAGUAUACCACGUUCUCACGCAGCAGAGCAGUUUGUAGUGGAUGGCCCUCUCGAUCACAGCUAGAAAAACACUCGCACCUCUCAUCUAAUUUUGUAGAGCCCAGGCAUGAGUUACAUGUCAAAUGGAUUCAAUGCAGGCAGGAUUAAGCAUGUAAAACCAAAACACUACAUAGUAGCAGAGUGAGAAAAAGCAGCCAAGGAGAGCUUAGCACUUUCUGUAGGGAGUCUGAGAAGUACCUUUAAUGUUUAGUUUUGUGAUUCAGCUCUUCAGCGUGCUCUGAGACUGUAAAAAGAGAAAAGGAAACUUGACCUUGACCUCAAGUGUACAGCUUGAACCCACUGCUACUGGAAGAAUCGUCAAAUUGCUUUUCCUGCUCCCAUAAUACCUUCCUUACGUUUAAAGAAAAUUUAGCAGCCAAACCACAUGACCUCACAGCAGAAGGGGAUUUAGCCUAGCAAAUGCCACACAUUAUUUUCAUUCUUUUGGGACAAAAAUGGAGCCCAGCCUUCCUAGUAGGCAGCGAGUGAAUGGAGUGAGGUGGAGUUUGCCUUCACCUGAUUAUUAUCAUCAACUUUGUCCCAUUGUUGAUGCCACUUCAGCCAUACGCUGUUGCCACCUUCUCAUCCUACCACUUGCUGUCAUAAAGCUCAACAGGGAAAAUCAACUGAGGCCACAAUAACAUGCAAGUGUCUUGGCAAGAUUUGACUGAUCAUGUGAAGUGUUUUUUCUUUUCUGUGGGAAGGAGAUGAAGUCAGAACUGUAUGUUGUUUCAUAUAUAGGGAUCAUUAUUUUUAGACCACCAUCAGGUCUUAGUCUAUGCAUGUAAUCCGCUCAGACAGGGCCACAUGAGGCAUCAAGGUUUCCACGGGCUCAGAGUCAUUGAUGUUGAGCAUAAGUGGAAUUUUGGAAGCGUGGAUGCUCAGAGCACUGAAUUGUAUGAUAAUUUAAAGCUCAAUGACUCAUGUUCAUCUAUGUCAACUUCUGUUUCAGGCACAGCGGAGUUGUGAUAAAAGCUUUUUAUAAAACUGGAUCCUAGCUUGUAUAAUCCUUAGUACAUUGGUGUUCUUGUGUCGAGCGAGGGCAGUGCGGGGGUGUCCUGUUAACUGUGGCCAGAGGGCUACCGAGUUUGGAGUCUGCAUGUAUUACAGACAGGAAUCUUCACACGUCCUCAGCAGCCUGGGACAGUGCAUAUAGAGGGAAUCUUCGUGCAUUUAAGGGUUAUCAGGGCCCAUCCUGAAAAACACCAUGUGAAGUGUGUGUGUUUGGUGCUGCCAGUGUGAAGGUCUGCCUAGGAUGUCAUCCCUCAGCUAUACAUAGCAAGCUCAAAGCUCCUUACAGAGAAACCUCUUACCAAUCACUUUCCACAAAUGGUGCAUAUACCUAAAGGUACUUAGUGAAAAUCCUUGAGAGGUAUUUAAUGCAAAAGCAGUUAGUCUCUGGUGUUUUUCAGAAGCCCACACACACCACUAGCCGGGAGAAGUGCAGGGCAGCUACCACCCAGCACUUGGGCUGGUUACUCGUAUUGUCUCAGCCAGGCUCUGCCACCCUAAGAGCUUGCCAACAUGUGUGACAUGGGGGGGCUUGACAACCUGAUUGCCAACACGGCCUAUCUGCAGGCAAGGAAGAGCGGAGAUGGAGAUACCAAGGAGAUGCAAAAGAGACGUAGGAGCCUCUCACUGCCCAAGAUUGAUCAAUGUGGAGACAUUAGACAGUCCAUUGCUGCUGACUAUGAAAGCAUCUGUGAGCAGCAGCCCAUUGGCAAGAAAUUCUUCAGAGACUUCUUGGAGACAGUGCCAGAACAUUUGGUAGCUAGGGACUUCCUGGAUGAGGUGUCAAACUGGGAGCUGGCAGAAGACAAUGCCAAGAGCAGUGUCAUGGAGAAUAUGAUCACCAAUUUUCUUAAGGCAGGCUCCAAAAGCUAUCUGGCUUACAUGAGUUCUGACUUGGCCAGCAAAUGCGAGGCAGCUAUGGCGAAAGACUACGAGAAUGUUGUACAGUUAGCCAAGGAGGAAACCAAACGCUUCCUUCAAGGCAAGCCCUUCGCGGACUUCCAGACCAGUCCCUUCUAUGACAAAUUUGUCCAAUGGAAAGUCUUUGAGAAGCAGCCUGUAACUGAUAAAUAUUUCUAUGAGUUCCGAGUGCUGGGCAAAGGUGGCUUUGGAGAGGUUUGUGCCAUCCAGGUGAAAAAUACUGGCAAGAUGUAUGCCUGCAAGAAACUGGAUAAGAAAAGGUUGAAAAAGAAAGGUGGAGAGAAGAUGGCACUACUGGAGAAAGAGAUCCUGGAGAAGGUCAACAGCCCUUUCAUAGUCACACUAGCUUAUGCCUAUGAGAGCAAAUCUCAUCUGUGUCUCGUCAUGAGCCUCAUGAAUGGCGGGGAUUUGAAGUAUCAUAUAUACAAUGUGGGGAAAAGGGGUUUGGAGAUGAACAGGGUCAUCUAUUACUCUGCUCAGAUCACCUGUGGGAUUCUGCAUCUCCAUUCCAUCAAGAUUGUGUACCGGGACAUGAAACCAGAGAAUGUGCUCCUGGAUGAUAACGGUAAUUGCAGACUGUCUGAUCUUGGGUUGGCAGUGCAAGUCAAGGAGGGGAAAAGCAUCACCCAGAGGGCGGGAACAAAUGGUUAUAUGGCUCCAGAAAUCCUGAAAGAAGAAAAUUACAGCUAUCCCGUGGACUGGUUUGCUAUGGGAUGUAGUAUUUAUGAGAUGAUCGCUGGGCGAACACCAUUUAAGGAUUUCAAAGAAAAGGUCAAUAAGGAUGAGGUUAAAAGAAGAACUCUGGAAGAUGAAGUGAAAUUUGAACACACCGACUUUACAGAGGAAGCAAAAGAUAUUUGCCGGCUGUUUUUGGCCAAGAAACCAGAGAAUCGUUUAGGAAGCAGAAAUGAAGAUGAUGACCCGAGAAAACAUAGUUUCUUCAAAACAAUCAAUUUCCACAGGCUAGAGGCAAACCUUAUUGACCCUCCGUUUGUGCCAGAUCCAUCAGUUGUCUAUGCCAAAGAUGUUACAGACAUUGCUGACUUCUCUGAAAUACGAGGAAUUGAGUUUGAUGACAAAGAUAAGAAAUUCUUCAAAACGUUUGCGACAGGUGCUGUCCCUAUACCGUGGCAGGAGGAAAUUAUUGAAACGGGACUGUUUGAGGAACUGAAUGAUCCCAACAGAGUAGAAUCUGGGGGCUACGCAAACGGAGGUGAAGCUAAGUCAGGAGUUUGUUUGUUGUUGUAAAUAUCACAUCAUUAACAAAAAGAGUAACACCUCAGAACUUCCCAUAUUCUGACAUUGUUUCAGAAACUCGGUGCAUCCGUUUAUGAAGAAGCAAUCAGUGUAAGAUGACGUUGACAGGAUCACCAGCUGAACAGACUGUUAUUGUCCUUUGCUGCAACAAAGGAGAUCAUCUUUUUGUUUUACUGGAGAUUUCUCAAGAUAAAUAACCAUAUUUCUCUAAGAAUCUUAGAAUGAUAGAAAUUCUGAAAUACAGAAAAUACAGUACUGAAAUACAAAAAAAGCAGUAAUAGAGUGAAGAGGCACCACCUUUUGAAAAUGACUGACUACCAUUUUGAAUACAGUGAUUAGGUGGUUUUCUGUCUAUUUUCUUGUUAUUUCCACUAACAUUUCCUCUUUGUUCUACAGUUUUCAGGAAAGAUUUUUUAAUUUUCAAGUAAUAUGCUCAGUUAGACAGUGGAGCUCAAAUACUGUGUCAAACCUGGAAUCUUGUCAGUUAGCCAGCCUGUCUGUUGUUUUCUUAAUUUCUGUUAGUUUUUUGAUGGUUUGAUUGUAAUAUGAUCAAAUUGUCAUAAAAUGUAAAAAGAAGGCUCUACAUAUUACUAGGAAAUAGGACCAACAGGAUUAAACUCUUUUCAGAGUUGAUUUUAACAGAAUGAAGAUAAGAUUGCACCGAUUUAAUUGAAUAAAGCAUCUAUUAAUUAUUA